AUGGCUCCUUACCGAAGUCUGAUGGAGACGGAACUGCUUCCCAUGUUAUACACGGAUCCCGCAGGUCUCAGCUCCUCUAUAAUCACUAAGCGUCAGGCGGAUCUCCUUGACACUGUGUCCGACGAUAAGAAGAAGGAUUGGGAAUUCACGGCAUCCACCGAUUCGUCGUUAUCCAAUGAUAUGCUGUGCGCUCUAGACGAUGACCUCUCGAAUAACCCUGCGUUCUCCCAGCUAUAUCUCGAAUACGGCGCCGAUAUCAGAAAAGUUUAUGAGAAAAGACUAAGCAAUUCUGACGACAAUGGAGACGAGCACCACAAUACGUACUGUGAGGCUGUCGUUGACCGCUUUGCUGGCUCGAUUGUAGACUGCGUCCGAGACACGACCAUGCGUUUACUCCCAGAUUGUUCACCGUUUCACGCAACACUCAAACCUUAUUCUAUUAGCCCCACACUCGUCGUCGUCCCCGAUUACACACUUUUUUUCCGUGAUCGCUCUACAUCUCUUCCGGUCGGUGUCGCGUUCUUCUUGGGGAAGACAAGGGCCCACUCCUACUGUUUCCUGCCGCCAUUAUUGGGACAAUUGGUGGACCCUUAUCAACAAGCAAUUCCGCCCAUUGGGAACGUGGGCCUCCAACGCGUCGGUAGACUCUUCCCGCAACCAGAUGGUGGUUACCAGCCAUACGUUCAUUUACAUGAUAUGUUUUUGGCAUCGUCCAUAAUCACCGCUCUCGCUUCGAACUCGGACUAUGCUACCGACUUUCCGUCACUGGAGCGCUUCCGAAAUCAACGCCGCCCGCAACCAGCAGCCAGGAAAUCCGAUUUGUAUGAUGUACAUGGACGAAAACAUGAUAUGCCUUUGUACUCCUCUCAGUCCUCAGAAUCUGAUGGCUUGACGCACGAUCCAACCUACAACCUCUCCCAAGAUUCCCCUGCCACUUCUGCAUCUCUUUCGCCCGGUACUAGGGCUCUAUCGCGUGCAACCUCAAUCUUCAAUGUACUUCAUGGAUGCGGAGGUGUAUCUAUGCUCGCAAACUUCUACUGGAGAGUUCAAAUGCGCCGUAGGCACAGCAGCUGUGACAUCGACAUCGAGUCUAGUCUUGGGAGUAGUUCAGAUGGAGACACAUACCUGGUUGGCGUACGUGGGAGCAACAAAAAGCUUGUUCUCAAAGUCUUUUCUUUCACUGCGUUUGGCCAGGCUGAGUUCUGUGCCUACAUGGCCUAUGAAGGAUUUACAAGGUAG